AUGAAAUUUUCUAAUAUCGUGUCUAUUGCUGCUGUUAUUAAUGUAAUGGCCAUCAAUGGUGUUGCAGCUGAAAAAUACCAAAUUGCAGGCCCCGAAGCUGUGAUGAUAACUCAAGCAAUUAACGCUAAAAGAGCUCGUCAUGAGAACACGCUGCCGUUAGCAUACACUAGCAGUUUAUCCGAUAAAUGUGAAAGUAUCAUGCAUAAUCUAGACUGUGCAAAUAUUAAUGUGGUUCCCCAUAAGGGAUACGGUAGUACUUUUAGUGUUGGUUUUGAAAUUGAAGAAGCAGUUAAUGAAUGGUAUUCGGAAUUUUUCCACUACAAUUAUGAUAACCCAGCCCUUACCCAGGCAAAUUCCAAUUUUUUGCAAAUGGCUUGGAAACCAGUUACAAAAGUUGGUUGCUGCAGGAAAACUUGCCCAGGAACGGGUAAAGUUAUUCUUUGUCAAUAUGAUCAAAGAGUAAACCCUAUCAGUUUAUCUAGUGGGAUUGGAGAACUUUUAUUAGACAAAGUUACUGUUAUUGAAACAAUGACAGCUUUUAAAACAAUAACCGACCCUACCACGAUUACUUAUUUUCAUACCGUCGAUACACAAACACUUACUCUAUUUGAUAAUGCUUCCACUGUUACCACUACAUUAUUAAUUGAUGCAACAGAUGAGCCAACUACCAUAACUAAGACCGUUACCCUAGAGGCUAGUACAAUGACCACAACUGUAACAGAUUUUGUCACUGAAACAGAAACUACGGUUGGUAAUGAGAAGACAAAUACAGAAUUUAUAACAGAUCUUGAAACAAUCACUGAAAUCAUCACUGUUAGUCCUCAAUUAUCCAGUAAAACUGAAACAAUAACAGUUAGUGACAAACCUCUGACCACAACCGAAACAGUUACUGCUGCUGGUGAAACUUUUACGAAGACAGAAACUAUAUCUGCCAGUCCAGCCCAGGACUCAACUGAAACUAUAACAUUGACUGAAACUCAAACAGAUAUGACAACUGAAAUCACCACUGAGCUAGAUACCACAACCGAAGUUGUUAUUAAGACAGAAAUAGCGAUUGAAACCGAAACUACCAUCGAGAAAGAAACUAGGACCAUAACCGAAACACAACGUAUGACAGACACUAUCUAA